AAGUUUCUGAUUUGAAUUUGGUUGAGAGUGGAGAGACGACUGAAGGUAUCAAUGCCACCCCACAGAGUGGAGAGACGAUUGAAGGUACCAGUGCCACCCCACAGAGUGGAGAGAUGAUUGAAGGUACCAGUGCUACCCAACAGAGUGGAAAGACGAUUGAAGGUACCAGUGCUACCCAACAGAGUGGAAAGAUGAUUGAAGGUACCAGUGCCACCCCACAGAGGGGAGAGACGAUUGAAGGUACCAGUGCCACCCCACAGAGGGGAGAGAUGAUUGAAGGUACCAGUGCCACCCCACAGAGGGGAGAGAUGAUUGAAGGUACCAGUGCCACCCCUCCACUCUGUUGGGUAGCACUGGUACCUUCAAUCAUCUCUCCACUCUGUCACUGGUACCUUCAAUCGUCUCUACCCCACAGAGGGGAGAGAUGA